GUUCCGGGCGCCAGAAGGCCGCUGGUAAGAGGAGAAGGUGGCCGCUGGAAGUCGUGAGGCAGAGCCGCGAUGUUCCGGAUUGAGGGCCUUGCGCCGAAGCUGGACCCCGAGGAGAUGAAACGGAAGAUGCGCGAGGAUGUGAUCUCCUCCAUACGGAACUUCCUCAUCUAUGUAGCCCUGCUGCGAGUCACUCCUUUUAUCUUAAAGAAAUUGGACAGCCUAUGAAGAGAGAGCAUCGCAUGUGAAUGCAUGAUACGAAGAACCUGGUUACAGUUUCUACUCCUAUCUGCAAAUGAAUAGACCCAGAAAGAUGUAAGAGACUCUGAUUAAAUGGACAUAGAAAUUCUACUUGUUAAGAACAAGUUUGGCUCUGGUAACUGAGCUUUAUAGCUAAAACUAUUGGGGAAGUAUGAAGAGACGUACCUGUGAUAUUCAGCCUCGAUGAAUGUUGAUGUUAUUGUACAUGAUGUCAAACUCUGUUUUCUAGGAAGUAUUAAUUAUAAGGGAAUUAUGUCUGCAGUGGCACUGUCUUGUGAGUCAUUUCUGUGUACUUUUUUACUUCCAUCUGGAGUAUAUUUGUUGAAGGGUUCUUUUCCAUUAGUUAUGUUUUAUUGAAGCCAGUGCACAACCAUGUCAUUUAAGCAUGGGACCAUUAGUCUAUAUUUUUAAUAAACGUACCAACUAAGAAAAA